UAUGAUGUGGCUAUUUUUAACAACAGCCUUUUUGGUUUGUGAAACUUUAAAUGCUGGUGAAUUCUUGAAUUUGGAAGAUGAAGAGAAUCCUGAAGUAUGGAUGAAUACUAGUGAAAUCAUCACCUACAAUGGCUACCCCAGUGAAGAAUAUGAAGUCACCACUGAAGAUGGGUACAUACUCGCCAUCAACAGGAUUCCCUAUGGGAGAGCACAGGCUGGGAGGACAGGUCCCCGGCCAGUUGUGUAUUUGCAGCAUGCCUUAUUUGCAGACAAUACCUACUGGCUUGAAAAUUAUGCCAACGGAAGCCUUGGAUUCCUUCUAGCAGAUGCAGGUUAUGAUGUAUGGAUGGGAAACAGUCGGGGAAACACUUGGUCACGAAGACACAAAACACUCUCAGUGAAUGAAGAGAAAUUCUGGGCCUUUAGUUUUGAUGAAAUGGCCAAAUAUGACCUCCCACGAAUAAUAGACUUCAUUGUAAAUAAAACUGGUCAGGAGAAGUUGUACUUCGUUGGACAUUCACUUGGCACUACAAUAGGGUUUGUAGCCUUUUCUACCAUGCCUGAACUGGCACAAAGAAUCAAAAUGAAUUUUGCCUUGAGUCCUGUGAUCUCAUUCAAAUAUCCCACAAGCAUUUUUACCAGUUUUUUUCUACUUCCAAAAUCCAUAAUCAAGCUUAUAUUUGGUACCAAAGGCUUCUUGUUAGAAGAUAAAGUAAAGAGGCCAGCUAUGAAGAUCUGCAGCAACAAACUCCUGAGGUCUAUAUGUAGUGAAUUUAUGUCCUUGUGGGCUGGAUUCAACAAGAAAAAUAUGAAUAUGAGUCGACUGGACGUGUACAUGUCUCACGCUCCCACCGGAUCAUCAGUACAGAACAUCCUGCAUAUAAAGCAGCUUUACAGAUCCAGUGAAUUCAGAGCUUAUGAUUGGGGAAGUGAGGCUGAAAAUAUAAAGCGAUACAAUCAGAGUUGCCCUCCACUCUAUGACGUGACUUCCAUGAAGGUGCCCACUGCUAUUUGGGCUGGUGGACAUGAUGUCCUUAUAACACCUCAGGAUGUAGCCAGGACACUCCCCCAAAUUACAGAUCUCCGCUACUUCAAACUAUUUCCAGAUUGGAACCACUUUGAUUUCGUCUGGGGUCUCGAUGCCCCUCAACGACUAUACAGAAAAAUCAUAGGUUUGAUGCAGGAGUAUCUCUAAAUGUAAUUAGAUAAUUUGCUUCCAGGCUCAGUGAAGCUCUAGAAAACCACUG